AACAACUCUUUUAUUUUUCUUUUUCUUUUCAACAAAAACCGCUCUCUCCUCGUUUCGAUCCCUUCAACUUCUUCUUUAUCAAAUUUCCCUCCAAUUCUCUCACUUCCUCAACGGCCACCACCACAACCAACUAUGGCGUCGCGCUUUCAGGCCGCCGCCCUAUUGGCCUCGCCUUCCUACCCCAACGCCGUCGCUUGGUCCGACGACAACCUCAUCGCCGUUGCCUCUUCUCAUCUCGUCAUCAUACUGAGUCCUGCAACGCCUUCUAAAUCCCGAGGCCUUAUCACGAUUGAAACCGGCAAGCCUUUUCCGAUUGGUGUUGUUGAUCGUAAUGAUUUGUUAUCAGCUAAUUUGCUCCCGGCUAGUUUAUCUCGGGACACUCGGCCUUGUGUUCGAUCAAUUUCAUGGUCACCACUUGGACUAUCUCCAAAUUCAGGGUGCCUUCUUGCUGUGUGCACAAUUGACGGGCGUGUUAAGCUUUAUCGUCAACCUUUUUGCGAUUUCUGUGCUGAAUGGAUAGAGGUGAUGGAUAUAUCCACAAAGCUUUGUGAUUAUGUGGAAAGUAUUGGUUUUGGCGAGCUAAAAGCAUCUGUUUCGAAUGAAUCUGAUAAACAAGAUACAGAGCAUAGAAGUUCUGAUGACGACUGCUUAAACAUUGUUUUCAGAAAGGAACGUAAGCGACGAAAAUUGAAAGACAAUGCGCUUGGGAGUGGGACUGAGAUUGGCCAUUCAAAAGAAAACAGUUGUAUGCAGAUUAUUUCUGUAUCUAAAUCUAAGGCCAAUUCUCUCAAGAAGAUACCAGAAAAGUGCACAUUGCCACUCAUAACUGCAGAUAAAUAUGCUGCUCGAAGUGCAAUACUAUCAUCUCUUGUAGUUGCUUGGUCACCAGUGUUGCAGGUCUCGCCCAAAAUUUGUGUCAUUCCUCCAAAUGGUUCAUCCAUGUCUUUACUCGCAGUUGGUGGAAAAUCUGGUAAAGUUUCACUUUGGAGAGUUUCUGUACCUGACCGCUACUCAAUUGAGCUCAGUAGGGUCCCAGCAACUGCAAUGAUUGUGGGGCUCUUGCAGGCACAUGGUUCUUGGAUUACAGCAAUUAGUUGGGCACUGCUUGAUUCUGAAUCUUCAAAUCCUCAAUUUUUAUUGGUUACUGGAUGUUCUGAUGGGAGUGUCAAGAUCUGGAUGAUUUAUAAUGAGCAGUUGUUGAAGUCAAGUGAAGCUAAUCAUGCUUCGUUUUCCCUGUUGAAAGAGGUUGUAAAUGAUAAUGUCCCAAUUUCAGUAAUUUCACUUACUGUACCCGCUCGGUCCUCGACAGAAAUUCUCUUAGCAGUUGGAAAAGGAUCUGGAAUUUUCGAAGUGUGGAUUUGUGACAUAUCUAAUAGCAAAUAUGAUAAAUUUGGCUCGUAUGAUGCACAUGACAAUGUUGUUACAGGUUUAGCUUGGGCUUUCGAAGGACGUUGUUUGUACAGCUGUAGUCAGGAUAAUUUUGUUCGGUGUUGGAUUUUGAGCAAGGAUGUUCUAUCUGAAGUAUCAUUUCCUUCCAACACUCCUCGCCUGAGAAGCUCAUCAGAACUUUCACAUACAUAUGCGUCAUGCUUUGGUGUUGCAGUCUCUCCUGGAAAUCUAGUGAUUGCUAUGGUUCGUAAUUUUGAUGAAGAUUUAUUGGAUCCAAUGUACCAGAAAAGGACUCAAAAGGCUGCUGUUGAGUUCUUCUGGAUUGGUGCACAAGAAGCAUCUGUUUUGUCAAAUAACUCCUCAACUUUUGCCAUUCCUGGUUUUCCCGUAAAGGAAUUGAGUUCUUGGGAGGUCAAUAUUCUGUGGUCUUUGAAACAGUAUGAAUCUCCGAACAAGCCCAUCAUUGUUUGGGAUAUUGUAGCAGGGUUACUGGCUUUUAAGCGCUUUGCCGCAGAGUAUGUAGAACAUAUACUGAUUAAGUGGCUCUCAAUUUCAUUCGUCGGAUCCCAAAAGUACCAUUCUACUGAAAAGAUUUUGUUGCAUGUUUCAAGGAUCAUGUCAAAGCUAUCUUCUCGACAGCUACACCUCUUGAAUAUUAUUUGUAGAAGGGUAGUGCUAUCAGAGAUGAAAGUGGACCAAAUAAAUAGCAAAUUAGAGAACUUUAUAGAACUAGAUUGCUCGGAAGAGAAACUGAUUAUUUGGAUUAAGCUGCUUUUGAGCAGUGAAGGAGAACUCCGUGAGAGACUUGUUGGUUUGAACUUUUCUGCUUGUGUUAGUCUCCUGUCUCAUUCAACCUCAUUUUCUUAUUGUCCUGUUGGAUUAACACAAAUGCAGCAGUGGGUUGCGCUUAACCAUGAUCAUGCACAUGAUUCGUUAAGAGUCUUAGCAUCAGAGGUUCAGAAGCAUGAGAAGAGGCUUCAAUCAAGAGAAAAUGCAACGGAGGAAAAGUGUUGCUAUUGUUCAGCUCCAGUUCCAUUUAAAUCUCCAGAAUUUGCACAUUGCCAAGGUAAUGGUCAAGGACACAAACUAGCUCGAUGUGCUGUUUCUAUGGAGAUUUGUCCCAUUACCCCCACAUGGUUUUGCAUAUGUUGUCACAGAAGAACUUCCACACUGCCACCCGAGACUCUUUUCGCAUUGCCCGGGUAUCCUUCAUUAGAUUUUGAGUCUCCAACUGCCUUGAACAAUGCAUCUCCAAAGCCAUUGUGUCCAUUUUGUGGAAUACUACUACAAAGACAACUGCCAGAUUUUCUGCUAUCUGCAUCUCCUGUGUAAGUUAUAUGUUUCCUAGCUUUGUUUCAAGUGGCUCCCACCCAAGCUUUGGGUUAGAAAAAAUAGUAUAGUAAUACCACAUCAACUCCCUUUAUGCAAGAAAAAAUAGGGUUAAAAAAGAGAGAACAACAAAUAAUGAGUUCAUCACAAUCACAAAUCAGCACCAAAAAAAUGGAUGGCUUGUGGACAAUCGUAGUAGGUAAGAUCUAUCUGUCUUUAUUAUAUCAUUUUUAUUUAUUUAAGGUCCCAAUUGUUUCACGUGUUGUAUAUGUUGAAUAACCAGGCUGUAACAUAUGCCACUCAUUAUUGUAAUCUGUAUUAAUUAUAAAAUAAACAAGUGAUUAUAUUUUA